CAUGAGCAAAUGUAUGCCUUGACGUCGGCGAGUAGGGAAGGCCAGUAGAAGUAGCGGGAAAUGGUGUCGAAGGUUUUCUGGAAACCGAGAUGUCCUGCGUUCUUGGCGUCGUGGUGCUCGACCAAGAGUUGAGUACGGAGGCCUCGUGCGUCGGGGAUGCAAAGUCGGCGAGUGCCUUUGGUAUCGAUGUAGAGGAGGUUGUUGUGGAGGGAGUAGUCGGGAACUGGGUCAAGAUCGUGGAGCUUGUUGUAAAUGGUGAGGAUGGAGGAGACGAUGGUGUUGUCAGUGCGGAUGGUGAAGUAUUGCCCGUCGAGGUACGGGCGCCAGACUGUGAGGGCGUGAAUCACGACGAGGAGUUCCUUCUCGUUGGAGGGGUAAUUCAUCUCCGCAGGAAGGAGCUUCUUGCUUGUGAAGGCGAUGGGGUAUUCGCCAAGUGGACCCUCAGGGUGAGUGGGCGAGUCCUUGAUGGAGGGGGUCUCAAUGGUGUCGCGGGGGAAAUGUUGGGACAGUACAGCUCCGAUGGCGAAGUUGGAGGCGUCAGUGGUGACAUAGAAAUGGCGAGUGGGGUCGGCGAUCUUGAGGACAGGGGCCGUGGUGAUGSCUUGCUUGACGGAGACAAUAUGGCCGAGGUAUUCGACGCUCGAAGAGGCAAACGUACAUUUGUUGAGCUUGGUGUAGAAUUUUUGCUCUCGGAGGAUCGAGAGGACUUGGUGGAGGUGCUGAAGGUGGGACUUGAAAGUGGGGCUGAAGAUAAGGAUGUCAUCAAGGUAGACGAGACUUCGAGGAGGUUGAGGAAGAUGUGGUUCAUGGUAGAUUGGAAGGUAGCGGGGGCAUUGUGGGAGGCGUUUGCGACGCCUGAGAGUCGUCCGGUGGAGGUGGCAUCACCGGAGAGGGGGGAGGCAGACGAAUUGUCGAUGCCAGAUGGGCCAUCAGUGGGACGAAGGACGUCACCGAUGGGUGGGCCGGCAGACGCGAUGUUGAUGCUGGGACAGUGUCCUGGGGACUGUGUUCAUGAUGAGGAGGGAUCCGCGCUUGCCGAGGGCGGUGAUAUGGAGGUUGCGGGUCGAGUGGAGGCGGAUUGGCGGGUGGUGGUCAUUGCGCUUCCAGUGAAGUCUGUCAUUGGAUGUUACCAGUGGGAAAGAACCUUGAUGGCCCUUCUCCUUUCUGUUUCUGGAGUCUUCUUUGUCAUUGGUUCCGUUUGGGUGCUGUUUCACUCAUGUCGAAUCUCUCAAGAGAAAGACCUUCAGGACGAACUUAGUCAUCAGAAGGUUGAAAACAAACGCGCGCAAGAUGAGAAGCAGCGUGCAGAACUGUCAAGCUCCAUAAAAAGCCGCUUCCUUGCAAACAUGAGCCACGAGCUGAGGACACCUAUGGCAGGAAUCAUUGGGUUGGUGGAUAUCCUUCUGUCUGAUGACGGGAUGACGUCAGAACAGUUCGACACUGUGUCACAGAUCCGGCGUUGCUCCAUGGCGCUGCUUGGACUGCUCAACAACAUUCUUGACCUCAGCAAGGUAGAAGCUGGGAAACUUGAACUAGAUAGAGUGGAGUUCAAUCCAAAGCAUGAGCUCGAGUCCCUUGUGGAUUUGUUCUCCGUGCAGUGCCUAGCUUCAGGCGUGGAAAUUGCUCUCGAUCUCGCAGAUGAUAUCCCGAAAUGCGUCAGAGGGGACCCUGCAAGGCUGCGCCAAAUUUUUGCAAACCUCAUAUCGAAUGCGGUUAAAUUCACGUCGUUAGGAUGGGUGCUGGUGCGUGGGUGGCUGGAGCAUAGAGAAACAGACAAGAAGCCAAGCGAUCACACCAUAAUUCAUAUGGAAAGCCAGAGAACAAGUGGAAGGGUAGAAAUGGCAUCCAUCGUCUUCGAGGUAGAAGACACAGGCUGUGGAAUUGAGCCAGAGAAAUGGGAGAGUGUGUUUGAGAGCUUUGUGCAAGCAGAUGCAUCUACCACCAGGAUACAUGGUGGCACAGGCCUAGGACUCAGCAUCGUUCGAUCGUUGGUCCAGAUGAUGGGCGGUAGCAUCCAGGUGAUCCCAAAAGAUGGACCUGGAACCUGCAUAAGGCUCAGCGUUGUGCUUGAGUGCACCAGACCGGCAACAUCCAUGCAAUUGACUAAGCCUCCCUCGCAAAGCAGCUUCAGUCAGGAUUCCCGCCCGAUUCCUGCAAGCAGACCUUCAUUGGAUCCCCGCUCGAUUGCUGCAAGCAGACCUUCAUUGCCGCGGCCAAAUGGAGUUGCAUCUCCAUGGUUGAAGGAAAUGAGCUCGAAGCCAUCCCUCACUGUCAAUGGGAAACAGUACAUUGAUCCCUUGAGAGGUAUAGGAGUAGUGUUUGCGAUGAGGCGUAGUCUUGGGCAACGCAUCGUUACAGAGUGGAUGGAACGGCAAGGGCAUCAUGUUAGUAGAAUAGAGGAAUGGGAGGAAGUCUUACUGACUCUCCAGCAGUUGGUGAAGCGUGUGAAGUGUGGGGAAAACGGGGUUCAAGAGGCAGAACAUCUCAAGUCCGUAAGGAAUAGUUCACAGAGGGUGGCAUCAGAAAUCCUUUCCAGCAACGUUUUCAUCAAUCACGACAAGGACGGAAGCCCAAGAGAGGGGGAGAGUUCUAGCAUGGCUCUGAGUCUCUCAUCUGGUGAGGAGGAAGUGGGUGACAACCAGCAGAGAAUGACGGAACGGUCCAAAGACGUUUCUUCAUGCAACGCAGAGAGACCAUCCAAUCUCAGGCCUAUUGUGCUUCUGGAUAUGGCACUGCUCCCGGGCUGCUGCAACGAGAAGUCGGAAUAUGACAUGGACCGACUUCCAGAGAUGCUGAAGCUUCUAGAGCCUGGCCGAAAGGCUGGUGUGGAGAUCUCCUGGCUUUUGUCACCAAGCACCCCUCGACAAGUUCGUCAAAGGUUGCGCGCUUCAGGAUUCAGCAUGAUGGUGAACAAACCCAUAUAUCCCACCAAGAUAAUGCAGCUCUUGCUCCGUGUGGCUGGUUUGGGCAACAAUGAGGGCAGCUAUAGUGUCCAGGCAUCCCCAAAGCCCGACAACAUCAAGCAGGAGGUUUUGCUUUCACAAGGCGCAGGAAUGCAGACGGUGAUGGCAAUGGAGAUGCCUUUCCAAAAGCCUUCCGAUUGCUCUGAUGCAAGGAGUCUGUCCAUGCCAAGGAGCACUUUUCCAUCCAACGACUCAGCAAAUGAAACGACUGCUCACGGUUGCAGGAUCAGCGCAUCGUCACCUAUCCAUGACCUGGAAGUAAGAGUUGGGUUAUCAAGAUCUCAGCAGGAACAAUUCACUGUGAAGAUCGACAGUCCAGCUGGUGCUAGUGAUUCGCCGAAGUCUCCUUGGGGCUGUGAAAGCAAAUGCCGCAGUUGUGGUGGAUCUGGGACCCUUUCUGACUGGGCUGAGCAGAGUAUGCCCACAUGUCAGGGGCCUUUGAUCGACUUGCUAGGGCCCGGCCAGUUUCCUCUAGCAUUUGAGGAGCCACCCUCCAUGUGUGCAUGUGGUGAAUCCGAUUCACUGGCUGACAAUGAGAACACCUAUGAUGGUAAAUGCAGAUCGCCGCCUGGGCAGGAUCAAGCCUGUGUCACGGCGGGGCCAGGGAUAGGUGGGAGAGGAGCCUGGGUGCCAUACGAUUUGUCAGAGAGUGCUGGUAGACAUGAGCGCACGCCAUCGAGUGUUUCGACCUCGUCGCUGAUACCAGAUCUUCCAUCAUCUUUGGCAAGAAUGAACAGUGCUGGAAAACUCGAUUCGCUGAGCGCAAUUGUCUGUGGGUCAUUUCCUGUACCCCCUGUGCUUGGGAGCUCCAGGGAAUCAAUUCCUCCCCCAAAGCCGACUGUCAAUGUCAACAGAUCAGGGUCAAGUUUUGCUGGGGCACUAGAAGGAACACAUGUAUUAGUUGCCGAAGAUACUCCGGUGUUGCGCAGGCUUGCUGUGGUUACACUCCAGAAGAUGGGUGCAAAAGUGACUGCUGUGAAUGAUGGACAGGAUGCAAUUGAUACAGUUCUGAGAUGUAACACAGGACAGGGGCUACCAGGAGAAGAACGACGACGAGCAUUCAGAGAAACCCAACAUCAACCCUUGGGAAUCCAGGUGCAUGUGAAGGAGUUGGUGAGUCUCCUCAUGGCGGAACGUGAAGAGAAAGAGAUGGCAAAGAAGGAGGAGGAAGAGAAAGUGAAGAAGGAACAGGAGAGGAAGGAAAAAGAGGAGAGACGAUUGAAGAAGGAAGAAAAGAAACGAAGAGAGCAGCAGGAGAAUGCCGAACGAAUGGCGAAAAUAGUAGAUCUGCAAUUUUCCAGAAGGUGGGGAGGAGCAAUGGAAAGGUUAGGAUCGGACAGCUCUCCGGAAACCUCAAGACGACUGAGGCGAUACCGGAAAGCUUCGAGAAGAGGACGUCGCCACCGAAGGACUGCGUAUGCCUCUGCGGAAUCGGACGAUCUGUCUGAGAUAAGCGAACGAACACGAAAGCUGUCCAUUUCCGAGAAGAGGAAGCGUUCAUCUACAGUCACGGAAGAUUUGUCCUCAACUAGUCCCGCAACAACUCCGCUCAAGGCUAACCGAUCUCGGGACCCGCAUCCAAAGUCUCCAGUGAAAUCGGCGUUCCGAGCCAAAUCGUCCUCCGCGAAGAAAGUAGAGACUAUGCUGCAGCCAACUACCUUGAAGAAGCUUCGGGAGAAAAACGACCCAACUGUCAAGGGAGCUCGGUGCAGUAUUCCGACACUUGGAGCACAAUCGAGCAAGGGUCAAGAGAUAGAUGCCAUACUCAUGGAUUGCCAGAUGCCAAGAAAAGAUGGGUACACGGCGACCCUGGAGAUCCGAGAACUCGAGAAGCUGUCUGGAAAACACCUCCCAAUUGUGGCUCUAACAGCGCAUGCAAUGGCCAGCGAUGAGGAGCGUUGCAUCAGUGUCGGAAUGGAUGCGUACCUUACCAAGCCAAUUGACAACAAGUUGCUGGUGUCGACAAUCAAACGGCUGGUCGCUCAGUCUAGAUCUGGUUUUUGGUCUUCCGACUCUGGAAGUUGGUCCGAAGGUAUCGUAGAAGGACGCAUAGAGUGGUUUCGUACCAAAGACAUGGAUGUGUGAAAUUGCUGUACUUGCCCAGACAGAUCAGAUUAAAAUGCCUCUCCCACGGCGGCAGUCAGGUUGACGGGCUCUACCCCAAGGGAAUGUAGGCUGCAGCCGAAGCUGGUGAGCAAGAAUUUUUGACCAGAAUUCGCUCUGCACUUAGCAACCCCCUCUGUUCGCAUAACUGACAAUUUGUGUCCUUGGGGACCCUUCCACUGCAUUCUAAAAAAAGUCAGGUUGACGGGCUCUACCCCAAGAGAAUGUAGGCUGCAGCCGAAGCUGCUGAGCAAGAUAUUUUGACAAGAAUUCUCACUGCACUUUUCAACCCCCUCUGUUCGCAUAACUGACACAGCCUGACAGCUUGUGUCCUCGGGGACUGUUCCACUGCACUAAAAAGGAGCUAUACUAACAGCUUCUAGCUGCAAACUCCUUACACUGCCGGCUGUGACGAUCUAGUGCAGAGCAGUUCUACUGCAGUGGGAGAAAGCCUGUUCUCUUCUCAGUCAUCGAUGUUUAUUCAACGGUAUUAGGCUUCUGUUGGGUGUUGUCGAGCAGUAGUUACGUGUGCUGGCUAUCACUGAAAGUUGGGUGCGAUCCUCUCUCGGAAAACAUGGCGACCACUGAUGAAAACGACAACAUUCGCGAUGGGACAAAGUGUUCGGGAUCAUCUUCAUCUUUGCACAAGAUGGGUGGCUCAGUUCAAGUGGGUCGAAUUGUUUCCUUCGUGCUGGCUACGCGAGCUAGAAGGCUGUCACUUACCAUCGGGCAUGCCAUGUAUUAUUUUUCCACAGACAGUGUUGUGUAUUGUGUCUGGAGAUGGGCGCCAAAAGCUCUCUCUCUCUCCAGGCCCCAAAUCCUGAACAGUCCCGAUAUGGAUAUUCUCUGGUAAGAGGAGCAUCUUCUCUGGUAUCAGGACCAUCUUCUCUGGUAUCAGGAGCAUCUUCUCUGGUAUCAGGAGCAUCUUCUCUGCAGUCAUUUACAGAAUAGAAGCAAUAACGACACUUAUUUAUAUCCGGCAUGUCUUGGGAGGACAACAUCCAUUAUGAGGCGUUGCGCUUACAUCCAUAUCUGCUCAAAAUGAAACUGGGACAGUGUCGCACCGGACGUUUCUGCUUCUAUUAGCAGUCUGUUGCCCAUCCAUGAGCCGUCUUACUCUGCAGUCACUUCAAGGGCAGACGCAAUGACGACACAUUUAUACGCAACUUUUCUUGGGAGGACAACAUCGGUUAUGCGGCGUUGCACUUACAUCGGUCUGUCCUGACAACGAAGGUGGGAUGGCCGACGUUUCUGCUUCUAUUGGCAGUCUGUUGCCCUCGCCUGGCUCUCCAAGUUCACCUUGUUGAUCGUCUUUGCCUGCUGCUGGAGGCUGAACUGAGUGGCAUCAAUGGAACGAUGGGUGAAACGUGACCCAGUCAGAAUGAGCUGGGCGAAGCCUGAACUGUUCUCGAGCCGUCACUGCUGGGGCUAGCGGAGCAGACGCUGCAGAGGAGCGUUUUCCAAACCUUGUCGAGAGGAAGGAAACACUUGUAACACUUGCAUUGAGAACUGAGACAAACCCUAUCACCUUUCUGCAGCCUGCUAUUGUGUUUUUCAAGAGGGAGGGUACUCAAUGUGCGAGCUUGCAUGCAACAGGUAUGGUGUUUCUACUUUUAAGAGAGUUCUGUUCUUUUUGGGGUUUGCCCGUCAACAUGUACUCAUACGUAUUCCAUCAUAGGUAAUGCCUCACGUACGGGUCAGAAUCUUUCGUUGAGUUUCACGCUCUUUUUUCACGCUGCCACCCUGUGUCUUGUGCGGGUCGGGCGGCAGCUUGCGGGCAAUGAUUUCAAAUGAAGGCAGGACAGCUCC